GCAUCUUUCAACAUCUUGGCUUUAUACUGCGUACAGGCAGUGGCAUCUCAGACCGUCUCACCGGCUGCCAUUGCUACGCAAUACUCCCUCACGACCAGUACCUCUCUUCCAUUUCCUACUGCGACUCUGACAUCCCAAGGUGCCCUGUCAUUUAUAACAUCGCAGUGGUCUCUCUCCAACGGCAACAUCUCUUGGGGACAGAGUGACCUUGCGUUCGUCAGCGACCCUUUCCCAAAUAAUCCCGUACCCGGCUCCACUAGCUCGAGUCCUGUCCUGCAGAUAACUUACCCGGCAGGAAGCUACUCAGGCGGCACUGGCGGGGUGCAGUGGUACACACAAUGGAAUACUUCUGAUGGGUCUACAUUUAACAGCAUGUUGUUGUCAUAUGAACUCGCAUUUGACUCGGAAUUCGACUGGUCGAAAGGUGGGAAGCUGCCAGGAUUGAGAGGCGGUCCAAACGCCACCAGCUGCUCAGGUGGUAGUCAACCAACGGGAAAUGAUUGCUUUAGCACUCGAUUAAUGUGGAGGAGAUGGGGCGCGGGUGAAGUGUAUGCGUACAUGCUGGAACCGAAUGAUCUGUGUUCGCAAGACAACAUCAUAUGUAAUUACGACUACGGGAUAAGUAUUGGCCGUGAAUCAGUUUAUUUCGCGACGGGACAGUGGAUGCGUAUAACUCUGCUCGUCCAAAUGAACGAUCCUCCCGAUGUUGCCAAUGGGAACGUCUGGAACUACUUCUUCGAUGGAUAUCCAACAAUAUCGCAACAAGGUUUGCAAUUCAGAAGCGGAAGUGCUGUCAACAUCGGCGGCUUAUAUUUCUCGACAUUUUUCGGCGGCUCAGACAAUACUUGGGCAACUUCAGAAACAGUGAACACUUAUUAUCGCAACUUCGAGUUGUAUGGUAGCUCAUUGCCAUCGAAUCUUACAGGGCAGAAAGUUAGUAGUGCCGUGGCGUGUCCUGUCAGUUUAACUCCCACUGUAAUCCUAACGGUCUUGGUUGUUUUCGCAUGGCAUCUCAGCUAUUAG